AUGUUUCUGUCUGAGAUGCUGCUCAAACUGCCUGUGCCGGACCUGCAGCACACACUGGACGCCUACCUGAGAUCCGUCAAACACCUCGUUCCUGAAACGCAGUUCCUGAAGACCAAAGCUAUAGUGGAGACGUUCGGCAAACACGGAGGCGCUGGAGAAAGACUGCAGAAACUGCUGCUGGAGAAAAGAGAAAAGACUGAGAACUGGGUGUUCGACUUCUGGCUGGAAGACAUGUAUCUGAAGAACAGAUUGGCGCUUCCCGUGAACUCCAGUCCUGCGCUGGUUUUCCCCAAACAAUCCUUCAGAGACAUUAAAGAGUCUCUGGUGUUUGCUGCUCGUCUCAUCCUGAGUGUUUCUCAAUACAAGGCGGCGGUGGACGGGAAGACUCUGCUGCUGGAUGUGGCUCGCGGUCAGAAGGCCGACUCGCCGCUCUGUAUGGAUCAGAACAAGCAUCUCUUUAGUUCUUACAGACGUGCCGGACUCAAGCAGGACACACUCAUCACAGCAGACAGCGUGUCUGAUGCGGGACACGUCAUUGUGGCCUGUAAAAAUCAGUUCUUUGUGCUGAAUCUGAUGGAAGGAAGCUGUAAACUGAAUGAGGCUGAUGUUCAGGCUCAGCUGGAGUGGAUCUAUGAGCAGACGCUGAGCACUGAGCAGAAGCAGCCGGCCGUGGGACUGCUGACCGCAGAGGACCGGAUGGACUGGGCCCGAGCCAGAGACCAGCUGCUCAAAGAUCCAGUGAAUAGAGAGUCUGUGGAGCUGAUGGAGCGCUGCGUGUGUGUCGUCUGUCUGGAUGAUCCCGCGGGACUCGAACCCAGUGACGCCAACAGAGCUGCCCUGGUGCUCCACGGAGGAGGACACCAUAAAAACGGGGCGAACCGCUGGUACGACAAACCCCUGCAGUUUGUGAUCGGUGCAGACGGUGUUUGUGGGGUCGUGUGUGAGCAUUCGCCGUUCGAGGGCAUCGUUCUCGUGCAGUGCACUGAACACCUGCUGAAAGACAUACGCUCCUGUAAGCAGAGCUCCGGUCGGAGCGCGUCUGAACUUCCUCAUCCGCACAGAUUACUGUGGAAGUGUUCCCCUCGGAUUCAAGGCGCACUGGCGUCUGCUGCGGAUCACCUGCACAGACUCGUGAGGAAUCUCGACAUGAAUGUUUUCACGUUUGCGGUUUAUGGGAAGGAGUUCAUCAAGCAGCAGAAGAUGAGUCCUGACGCGUACAUACAGCUGGCUCUGCAGCUGGCCUUCUACAGAUGUCACAGAAGACUCGUGUCCACCUACGAGAGCGCUUCUCUCCGCCGCUUCCGGCAGGGACGCGUGGACAACAUCCGCUCCAGCACUCCUGAGGCGCUGGCUUUCGUGAAGGCCAUGACAGACGGAGGAACAUCCACUCAGGACGCAGAGAAGAUGGAGAAGCUGCGAGCGGCUGUAGAUGCUCAGAGUAAAGUCACAGCUCUGGCCGUCACGGGGAUGGGGACGGACAAUCACUUACUAGGACUGCGUGACAUUGCCAAGGAGAUGAAAAUGGAGACGCCAGACAUAUUCUCUGAUGAAACGUACCACAUCAGUAACCACUUCAUGCUGUCAACCAGUCAGGUUCCCACCGCAGAGGAGAUGUUCUGCUGCUACGGUCCGGUGGUUCCUGACGGUUACGGCGUGUGUUAUAACCCUCGGCCCGCUCACGUGCUGUUCUGUGUGUCCAGCUUCAGAGAGAGUAAGGAGACAUGUUCAGGGCUGUUUGUGAAAGCGCUGGACGAGGGACUGCAGGACAUGAGGAUCCUGUUUUUGAGAUCUCGUGGCACCUUUGAGACUCUUGUCUCCACCGACGGCUCCGCAGUCCCAGUUCCCCGUCACGAUGGCCGACAGAUUCUGCGUCUGGACUCCUGGACGAACAAACCCGCAGAGGGCCUGACGGGACGCACAGAGGCGCAUCAGGUGAAUCUGCUCCAGGAAUCGUCUGUAAUGCAGGGCGUGUAUCGCCACGAUCUCAGCUCAGCUCGCUGCCACUCGUCCCUGCAGACACAAACACAGCACCAGCGGCUCUGA